AUGGCGCACCCGCGGAUCUCCUCCCAGUUGCCCCCCGACAUCGACCCCACCAAAGCCCCGCUCGCCUUCGGCCGGAGGGCGCUCCCGAAGCUCAACGAGGAGCUGGAAGACCCCGAGCUGCUGACCCGGCAGCGGGCGCUGAUGGCGCUGUGCGACCAGGUGCACGACCCGGAGAACGCCUACGAAGCCAUCCGCCUGGGGUUUCUAGAUAAUUUGAAAAAGUUGCUUUUAGAUGAAGACAGCACAGUGCGGCGAAAAACAACAGAAGUCUUGUAUAUUAUGGCAACACACAACAUUGGCAGGACCAGUUUUAUAAAACAUGAAGUCAUCCCAGCUCUGGCACAGCUUUUGAAUGAUCCCGUUGACAUCUGUCGGUGGAACAUGCAUUAUUCACUGAAACUAGUGUCAGAAUUGCCUGCAGGGGCCGUGGGGAUCGUGGACAGCGGCCUGGUCCCCUCUCUGGUGUUCAAGCUGAAGACGGAGCUGGAGGAGAUCCAGGAGCUGGUCCUGGACACGCUGGUGGGCUGCCUGCGCGUGGAGGCCUUCGAGGCCUUGGCCACCGGCGCGGUCGCCAUCCUGAAGAAGAAGCUCAGCCACCCCUCCCUGGGCAUCCGCAGCAGGGCGGCCCAGGCCCUCAUGGCCAUCAGUGUCCCUCUGGAGGGGAAGAACACGCUCUUUGAAGAAGGCGUUUUCCCAGACCUCGUCCUCCUGCUGUAUGAUGAAGAUGCUGAGGUCCGAGCCAAUGCCGCCGGGGCCCUGAUGAAUGCAGCAGUGACCACACAAGGGAAAUACGCAGCUAUCAGUGCUGAUGCCAUUGACACUCUUCUGCCUCUGAUCAAUGACGACAAAAGCAAAGUCCGCCUGUACGCCAUUAAGGCGCUGACCAUGUUGGCGGAAGCGCCAGAAGGCCGCAAGGUGUUGCUCUUCCAUGUGCCAGCCUUCCAGGAGCGGCUGAAUGACUCCAGUGUGGCUGUGAAAAGAGCAGCCCAGAUUGCUGUGCAAGUCAUUGAGUGGAAACCUUAGAA